UCCAAAACAGCUCUUCCAUUUGAUACACUAAAGCUACUGGAACGCCAAACUCAAUCAGUCAUUAGAUUAGAGCUGAUAGGAAACAGCUUUGUGAGGAAGAAUUAGUAGAAUAAGAUAAAUAGUUGUGUGAAUGAAGCUGACAGAUAAGUGUGAGAAAGAAAGAAAAUUAGUUUAUGUGCAUGUCAUCAACUUCUGCAAGACAAAUGGUGUGUGGGAGACGAUAUAACCUUGUAAACAAGACCUUAUGAGAGUUAAAUGAUGACAGCUAGAUUGAUUUUAAGCGUGAGAGUCUUCACCACUGUUGCUGACUCUCAGCCAGCCUGAUUCACGGCUUAGUUUUUCAUCUGUGGUGAAACCUUAUAUUAGGAGGAGUCUGUCUUUUCUUCCCAAACUUUACACGGCAUCAGAGGAUGAAGGCAGGGCCAAACCUUCCCUCUGCUCAAACUACAGGGAAAAAUCACACCACCAGCCUCCCUCUUUCUGUGUAUGGACCACCCUCUACUGUUCUCCUACUGGAUGGUGUUUGCUUGUGCCACAGCUGUAUGCAGGCCUGCAUUCUCAAUGAGAGCAAAGACAGAGGGAGACUGAGAGUAAGAGGGGGAGAAUGGAGAGCAUGAACCUGCAGAGGAAACACAACUGAGACACCAAGCUGGGUCUUACCUGAACACCUCCUGGACUGCUGACUCAACUCACUGACACAGAUCUUUAGCUUGUUUGGUGAUAAAGAGAAGCGCAACCAUGGGACCUGGAGCAUGGAGCCUAUUUAUUCUCUUUGGUUUGUCCUUCUGGAGCAACAGCCAAGCCCUCACCAAGCACCCCAUCCUCUCCCGGAUGCGAAGGGCUCCAGAGGCCAACGGAGAAGGCAAGAAGUGCUCCUACACCUUCCUGGUCCCUGAGCAAAAGAUCACAGGACCCAUCUGUGCCUCCCGCGGUUAUUCAACCGACAAAGACAGAGUGACACGCUUGGAUGUGGCUGCAGUGCGUGAUCUCCUGUCAAAACAGCGUCGGGAGAUGGAGACUUUGAAGUUGGUGGUGGAUGUGGACGGCAACUUGGUGAAUGAGAUGAAGCUGUUGAGGAAAGAGAGCAGGAACAUGAAUUCCAGAGUGACCCAGCUCUACAUGCAGCUGCUGCACGAGAUCAUCAGGAAGAGGGACAACUCACUGGAGCUGGCGCAGCUGGAGACACGCAUUCUAAAUGCCACCAGUGAGUCACUGCGUCUGGCCUCCAGGUACAGGGAACUAGAGGCUAAAUACUCAGCCUUGUCUGCAGUAGUAAACAACCAGUCAGUGUUGAUUGGGGCACUGGAAGAGCGCUGCAUGCAGGUCUACAGCCGGAGGCAUGAGCAGUCACCCAUGGGACCACCACUUGUGCAGGUAGUGCCUGAGAACAUUCCUGUUCAUGUGCCACGUUUCACCAAUGAGAUCCAGACAGACAACACCAGAGGGAUUGCCCGAGAGAGGGGCUCUCGCUCUGGGCCAUCACCCACAAGCAGCACCCUGGAAGUUCAGAAACCUCCACAGAGAAACUUCAGUGCUGAAGGCUCAUUCAGAGACUGUCUCGCGGCGCAGGAAGCUGGCCAUAGCACCAGCGGCAUGUACCUGAUCAGACCAGAUGAAGCAGAAAGGCCAGUGCAAGCCUGGUGUGAACAGGAUAUAGACAACGGGGGCUGGACCGUUAUCCAGAGCAGGAGAGACGGAUCCGUUAACUUCUUCAGGAACUGGGAUAACUACAAGAGCGGCUUCGGUAACAUAGACGGGGAAUACUGGCUUGGUCUGGAAGGCAUCUACAACCUGGGGAGGCAGGGUGACUAUAAGCUGUUGGUGGAACUGGAAGACUGGAUGGCCAAGAAGGUCUACGCUCAGUACAGCAGCUUUCAUCUAGAGCCUGAGAGCGAGGGUUACCGCCUGCGGUUGGGAACCUACCAGGGCAAUGCCGGGGACUCCCUCAGCAGUCACAACGGCAAACAGUUCACUACUCUGGAUCGAGACAAGGAUGCCUUCUCAGGUAACUGUGCCCAUUUCCAUAAAGGUGGCUGGUGGUACAACGCGUGCGGCCAAACCAAUCUUAACGGUGUCUGGUACACCGGAGGCGUCUACCGCAGCAAAUUCCAAGAUGGGAUCUUCUGGGCCGACUAUGGUGGAGGCUUCUACUCGAUGAAGUCGGUCCGUAUGCUGAUCAGGCCCAUAGACUGAGAAGAUACUGUAAACCAGGCUGGUCCAGGGGCAGCUAUGGAGGCCAGAGCAAACUUGAACCUCAUUUUAAAUUGUGACUGUCAUCAAAAACUGGUUGAACUAAACCAAUGGAGAUUACCAACCAUCAAUAGUGACUUGAACUGCCUCUUGUAACAGAAAUGGACUCUGCGUGAACAUUGUUGUCUUUAUAUCAUAAUAGAAGCACACAUAGAGGGAUUUAGGGGGACGUGACUAUUUAUAAUAAGCCAAAUGCUCCUUUAACCACCAAAUACUUACGAUGGUCAAGGGAAAUUAAGAGUCACUGCCACACCUUUGCACCUAAAUAAUGCCAGCUGUCUAUCUGAAGCCACAGUGUUUUGCUCAUUACUAGGUCACCCUGUGGAGUGAGUCACCACAUCCCAAGAGAACUUCAUUGGUAUUGAUUUCAUUCAUAAGCUUUAACAUCACAGCAUCUAAAUGCAGCCCUUCCUACCUCGCCAAGAUAAACGUAUGGGGGAAAUGCAUGGGAUUUACCUUGUACUGUAAGUGCUGGGAGCUGGGAAAUACAUUUCGUUAAGACCUAUAUAGCUUUAUUUAGACUCUGUAUCCACUUCCAGCUCUGAAAAAAAUAACACCUUAAGGAUAUGGAGAAAGGAAGGUGGUUUAAAUCCAUGUUUUAUGUACAUUUGAUUACACAAUAACAGUACUGACUUUAUUAUUUCUCCCUACACUUAAAAUGUCCUUUAUACUGUAUGUUAAACUACUUUGUCCAAGUGCAGAUGACCAGAAACGAUAAUUUAUGUGUACAAUUAACUUAUCAUAACAGUGAAAAGGGCCAGGUGUCCUGAGGGAACAGUAAAUGAUCCUACAGAAAAUAGUACUAAUUUCCUCUGCUGUGUAUAUGACAAUCAUUCUCUAAGUGUGCUUGCACGUAUGGAAAUUGCUGUUAUAUGUUUUUCUCAUUUGGCUGUUGAUUAAAUUUCAGUAUGACUCUGGGAAAAACAAGCAUUGUUGGAAGGAAAAAAA